CUCUCUCUCUCUCUCUCUCUCUCUCACUGUGACUUCCCUUUCUACUAACCCCUGCAGUCCUCUCUCUGUUCAUCCUUGCUUCUGCAAUCUAGUAGGAGACAGAUUCUUUUAGGUGGGUUUUAAUGAAAGGAGAGGGAAAGAUGGUGUUCAAGUCCAAAAUGAAAUGGGUUGGUCUGCUUGGUCUGGUUCUCUCAGCUAUAUCCCUCUUUGUUCACUUUUUGCUGGCUAGAUUCACAGAAGGGGGUGUUUCAGAGUACCACUCCUCAAUCACAAUCUUCCCCAGGCGAACCAUUGGUGAAAGCUUGAAUUUUUCGAAGACUAGUCCAAUGUAUAGAAGGCUAUGGGGACCGGUUAGACAUCUGGAAUCUUUGCAUCCCAAUGCAAAUCCCAGAGGACACUAUGCUGAUCCUGGUUCAGAUACCAGCGGGUUUAUCUUUGUAAGGAUACAAGGCGGGUUUCAUGAGAUCAGGAAUUCGAUAUGUGAUGUAGUUGUGGUUGCUCGGUUUCUUAAUGCAACAUUAGUCAUUCCUGAGAUACAAUCAACCACAAGCAGCAAAGGCAUCAGCUCUCAGUUUAAGAGUUUUGCCUAUCUCUACAAUGAGGACCAAUUCAUGGCGGCUUUAUCAAAAGAUGUCAAAGUUGUGAAGACCCUUCCUAAAAAUCUGAAAGGGCUGAGGAGAAAAAAGAACAUUCCAGUGUUUAAAGUGCCUUACUCUGCUUCACCGUAUUACUAUAAGCGCCAUGUUCUUCCAAUUUUAAAGAAGCAUUUAGUAGUUGAACUGGUUGUGUCUGAUGGAGGAUGCUUGCAGGCUAUCCUGCCACCUGAUCUUGAAGAAUAUCAGAGGCUGAGAUGUAGGGUUGCCUUCCAUGCCCUUCGGUUCCGGCAGGAAGUCCAGGAACUUGCCACUGAAAUUUUACACAGAUUAAGGGCUCCUGGACAGCCAUUUAUAGCAUUUGACCCUGGAAUGACCAGGGAAGCGUUGGCAUAUCAUGGUUGUGCUGAACUCUUCCAGGAUGUGCACACUGAACUCAUUCAGCACAAAAGACAUUGGAUGAUAAAACGUGGAAUUGUCAAGGGGAAGCUUUCGGUGAAUUCUGCAGAACGACGCCUUAAUGGUUCUUGCCCACUAAUGCCAGAAGAGAUUGGUAUUGUUCUUCGUGCAUAUGGGUACUUGUGGGACACAAUAAUAUAUGUCUCUGGGGGAGAAAUUUUUGGUGGCCAAAGGACAUUGAUCCCUCUUCGUGCAAUGUUUGAAAAUGUUGUUGAUAGGACUUCCCUCAGCAUGCCUUGGGAGCUCAGUAGGAUUUAUGGUCGUGAGGCUAACCUUGUUGAUCGCAAUCCUGGGAGUCCACCUAUGAUUGAGGAAGAGAUGAAGAUUGAAGCAUGGAAAACUGCGGGGCCACGUCCUCGCCCGCUUCCACCACCUCCAGCUAGGCCAAAAUCCUAUAACAUUGAAGGUUGGUGGGGUUGGGUAGCUGAGAGUGAUAACGAGCCUGAUAGUACAGUUAUGGAAUUGAGGACCAAUGCCCAUAAACUACUGUGGGAAGCAAUUGAUUAUGUGAUAUGCGUUGAAGCUGAUGUAUUCAUCCCUGGAUUCGAUCUUGAUGGUAAGGGGCAUCCAAAUUUUGCAAGCUUAGUCAUGGGACACCGACUCUAUCAGUCAGCUGCAUCAAAGACGUACAGGCCAGACAGAAAAAAAGUCACCAAGCUUUUAGAAGAAAUUCGUGACCACCUUUACCAUGCAAACCAUACUUGGCUGAUGUCAGUGCGCAAGAAUUUGAGGAAGAGAUUAGUUGAUGGAGUAAUAGAAGCUUCCGCAAGAUCAAAACCACUGUCUUUUAUCUCUCAUCCUGUCCCAGAAUGCUCUUGCUUGAGGCAUGAUCCUGCGGGAAAAUCAAUUAAUGCUACAACAUCAGAUCAUACUUCAACUUCUACUAGUCAUUCUCAAGUUCUUGCUGCUCUUGGAGUUGUGCACUAUUGCCCUUCUUGGAUGGAGAAUGAUUUGAUACUGCAGUCAAAAGACAAGGAAAAUGAAGAAACUCUAGAUGAAGACGACUCCACGUCAUCAGGAUUGUUUUUCCGGAAAAAUAAUGGAUAUCAUGAAGGUGGUAAUGGAGACUUAAGCAACAAAGAAGAGACUCAGUUGGAGGAUCAAGAAGAGCUUGAGGGUGGAGAAAGGUAGUGAGGCUGAUUAUCGACAUGGUCAUCCUACACGGCAGUUCUGUACAUAAAAUAUAUCUUCACUAGUAUGAUCCAAGCAAAUUUGGAAUCAUCUUCAGGUCCAAUUUCAUAAGGGAAAUGCCAGUUUCCUAACUGUGGUUCAAGAACACAAGACACCGGACUGAUUUGGCUCUCAUUGAAGCAUUUACUCAUUUUUGUUGGGUUGUUUAAGCCCUUUUUACAAUUAUAUAGGUCAUUAUUUAACCCCACAACCAAUUUUGAUGUAAACUCGUACGUUCUCCAUGAAAUUGUAGCCCUAGCUUAACCUCUCUAAUUUUGUAGGGAGUUUUGUUUGUUA